UGCUACGGCUGCCUUUUCUCUUCGGUCGCCUGGAUGCUCUUCCUUUUCGUUUACUUCAAUGUCAAUUGGAAACUGCGCUCUCUCAGCGAUGUGGACUUUCGAGGCGUGCAGGAGAAACUCCAGCCGUACCUGAAGCCAAGUAAAUGGCUGCCUCAGUCUCAGUGGCAGAGGGCUCAGCCUGUCAGAUCAUCACUCAAUUACCUGAAGAAAGUUGCCCAGAAAGAGCUGAAGAAAGGUAAUUUAUCUCCUAAGUUAGGUAUGAUUUUCAAUGAGGCUGAUAAGCAGAUUUGGGACGUGAGAAUCCAGAAACAUGCCUUCAACUUGCUCAUCAGUAACCGCUUGGGCUACCACAGGGAUCUUCCUGAUACGAGAGAUCCAAAAUGUAAGGAAAAGAGGUAUCCGAUCAACCUGGCCUCUGCUAGUAUCAUCAUCUGCUUUUAUAAUGAAGCAUUAUCAGCUCUGCUUCGGACUGUCCACAGUGUCCUAGACCGCACUCCUGCACACUUGUUGCAUGAAAUCAUCCUAGUGGAUGACCACAGUGAUUUUGAUGACCUGAAGGAUUUGCUAGAGGAUUACGUUCAAGACAACCUGCUUGAAAGAGUGAAGCUUGUAAGAAAUGCAGUGCGAAAGGGUCUGAUACGUAGCAGAAUGUUAGGAGCAUCUCGUGCAACAGGGGAUGUCCUGGUGUUUCUCGAUAGUCACUGUGAAGUGAACACGAGGUGGCUGCAGCCUCUCUUGGCCCCCGUUUCGGAGGAUCACCGGACCGUGGUGUGCCCGAUGAUUGACAUGAUUGACGCUGAGACAUUGAUCUACAGUUCUUCUCCGAUGGUGAAGGGAGGGUUUAAUUGGGGACUGCACUUCAAGUGGGAUCCAGUGCCUGACUCCCUGCUGAAGGGACCAAAGGGAGCCACUGCACCAAUCAAAUCACCAGUGAUGGCGGGAGGGCUAUUUGCAAUGGACCGGGAUUACUUCAGGAAACUUGGAGAGUACGAUGGUGGCAUGGAUAUUUGGGGAGGAGAAAACUUGGAGAUUUCCUUCAGGAUUUGGAUGUGUGGUGGUCAGUUGAAAAUAAUUCCGUGCUCUCGUGUUGGACACAUUUUCCGCAAAUGGCGGCCAUAUGGUUCACCUGGAGGUCGGGAUACCAUGACGUCCAACUCCCUGAGGCUUGCCCAUGUCUGGAUGGAUGAAUAUAAGGAAAACUUUUUCUCCACGAGGCCUGAACUGAGGAACCAGAGUUACGGUGACAUUAAUGAGCGUGUGGAGCUGAGAAAGAGGCUGAAUUGUACAUCUUUCAAGUGGUAUCUGGAGAACGUAUACCCAGAGAUGCAAAUGUCCUAAGUACUAAAGCCUGAGCACAAGCACCAUGAUUUAGCA